UUUUAUAAAGGUAAAAGUUUGUGUUACAGAUUAACUUUAUUGUAUUCAGUAAAAGUUGGAAAUGGCUCAAUUAGCACAGCUCUUCACAAGAAUGGGCCAGCUUGGCUUUGGUGUAGCUGUUGUUGGUGGUGUUGUCAACUCAGCUCUCUACAAUGUGGAUGCUGGUCACCGAGCUGUGAUUUUUGAUAGAUUUGCUGGAGUGAAACAAGUUGUCAUUGGUGAAGGCACACAUUUCUUCAUUCCAUGGGUCCAGCGGCCCAUCAUUUAUGAUACCAGGACACGACCAAGAAACGUCCCUGUGAUCACCGGUUCCAAAGAUCUGCAGACAGUGAACAUCACUCUGCGUGUGCUGUUCCGACCUCUUGCCUCUGCCCUGCCCAACAUUUACACUACACUCGGCGAGGACUACGAGGACAGAGUUCUGCCCUCCAUCACCAACGAAGUUCUAAAGGCUGUUGUGGCUCGGUAUGACGCUGGUGAGCUCAUCACACAACGUGAGAAAGUCUCCCAAAAUGUUAGCCUCGAUCUGACCGCGCGUUGCAAGCAGUUCGGCCUCGUGCUUGACGACAUUAGUAUCACACAUCUCACCUUUGGCCGGGAAUUCACCCAAGCCGUCGAGCUGAAGCAAGUUGCUCAGCAAGAGGCAGAGCGAGCUAAGUUCCUCGUCGAGAAGGCGGAGCAAGAAAAGAAAGCUGCCAUCAUCAUCGCUGAUGGAGAGGCCUCAGCUGCUAAGUUGCUGGCCAAGAGUUUCGGCGAAGCUGGUGAAGGUCUUGUUGAACUCAGGAGAAUUGAAACUGCCGAAGAUAUAGCCUACAGGCUCUCCAAGAACAGGAACGUGACCUAUCUGCCAUCCGGUGCCAACACUCUCCUCUCGCUCCCCAAUAAUCAACAGUAAACAGCAGAUAAUUCCUACUGCCGCCCUACCGGGAACGGAUGUCUGAUGAAGACUGGAUUUAAAACUGACCGGUCUGGCUCGGAUAUAGAAUUAAACAUGUACAAUAUUUGUCAAAUCGCAAUUUUAUUGUGCCUGGUAAAAAAUGAUUCCACAAUAUAGUCGUAAGUGGGAUUUAGGCCCCUUGCAGAGCAUGAAAAAUUCGAAAAUCAAUGUCCAAAUUUUUCUUCAUCUGAUAUAAAAUGCUUUAUAGUUGUACAGAAAUAAUUGAUACUUUUCAAAACAUCAUUGUUUGAUUUAUAAUAAAAGA